ACUGGGUGCACCAGCAAUCCAGCAAUCCAUCCAUCAAACAUGUCGCUGCUUAGGCGUCGUUUAGCUUCGAAGGUUUUUAAUUUUAGUAAAUGCGUCGGCCCACGACAGCAGGUAGCACGAAUCUCAACGACAGAUAAGAAAAAGGAGAUACCAUCGACAACUAUUUCAGGGAAUGCUAUUCCGAAGGCGCCAGAAACCGCCGCGGAUUUCGCCGACCUCAAGAAGAGGAACUGGAUAAGUUAUGGGUUCAGCACAGAGGAUUAUCACACUGAUCGGGAUUAUGCUAGGAUCCUCUUUUUCAUGGGCAUCACUGUGGCUGUGUGUGGAAUUUCCUUCACCAUAAUGUACAUACCUGACUUCAGGCGACAGGACUGGGUUGCACGAGAGGCACGACUGGAACUGGAAAGACGAGAAAGGCUCGGAUUGCCCAAAGUGGAUAGAAACCUUGUCAGCCUCGACCGCAUUGUGCUGCCCUCUGAUGAAGAAUUGGCUGACACUGAGAUAAUUCUGUAGUCUUUUGCAAUUGCUAUGCCCUGGGAAUGUGAGGCUGUGUACAAUAAAUUCAGAGUAGUAGACAUA